AUGAGUGGAGUUUCUUCAGACAUGGUGAAGGUUUACUACGGCAGAGAAUGCACCACGUAUACAUUGGAUAGGCUCAAUUCACUCACAGCUAGAGAUGUCAUCAAAGAGGUUACGAAGAGUGAACCAGAUCGUUCAGUUCUGAGCCAUACUGGUCGAUUUCUCCCGUUAGAUAUGCAGUUGAGCUCCCAUAACUUUCGUGAAACUGACACACUACGUGUACUUCAGGGAGGUGGUACCCCAAUGGUGAAUCAGCCUUGCGACGACUCGUUACUUCGUGAAUGUGACCGUUUGUUCGAUUAUCUUCAGAAGGAGGAGUCUGGAUAUAUGCAUAUGCGUUUAAUGGCCGAAGUUGUUGAACCGGAGUUCUUAUCGAAAAUCAUGAAACAGUUCCCGGAUCUCCGAAGUGACCCGGUUGCAUGUCAUAUUCUUCAAGACUAUUACAUCAUCAAAGGCAUGGUGACGUUGCCUAGUGAUGAAGAAGGAAUCGCAAAACUGCGCAAAUUCCACGCCCAGCAUCCGGCUCUUUUACCAGCAAUCAAUUCGCUAUUGAAGAAACAUGCCCAGAGAGGGAGAGGAUCAUCUCAGCGUACACCGCGUGUUCAAGCGGAUGGUUCACCCUCUCCAGCAGAACCUCCUCAGAUUACUCAGGAAAUGCUGAGACAGGCCAUGGCGAUAGCGUUUGGAGGUGCUAUGCCUGGUGGAUCAGGACGUAGUGGUACUAGCACUACAUCUCGUCCUGCAUCUCUUGUUGCUACGCCACCGCCGGCACCUGCUGCACCUGCGGCACCAGCGGCUUCUGAGCCUAACCCCGGACCUUCCGAUCACAUCUUGCAGUUGCGCUCUCGAUUCGCAUCUCAAUUGGUGCAAUUGAAUGAGUUUGGCUUUACGGACGAGGCUGCCAAUUUGUCUGUUUUGGAAUCCAGUGACGGAAAUGUUGAGGUGGCCCUCGAUUUGUUAAUUGCGAUGAGAGAGGAAGGGAUUUGA